AUGGCGCCACCUGAUGAGAUUUCUGUCAAGGAGGUACCAGCUCCUACCAAGGAUGCAGAGGUAGAGAAAGCAGACGAGCAGAAACAUGCAGAAGAGGAAGAUGUCCCGAUACUUCGAUCAUCAAGUCUCGAUGUCAUUGGUGACGAAAAUUUCAAUCAGGGGGUCAAUCAGGAGGUCAAUCAAGAGGUCAAUCAAGAGGUCAAUCAAGAGGUCAAUCAAGAGGUCAAUCAAGAGGUCAAUCAAGAGGUCAAUCAAGAGGUCAAUCAGGGGGUCAAUCAAGAGGUCAAAAAGCGCCCUGUAUACAAAAUGUGGUCAAAAGAGGAAGAAAAGAUUGUUCGAGACAUCAUUGACAACCACAAAACCAACCCAGAAACAUCUAAAAUGGAGCUUAAGGAGCUGGAUAGAUAUACAGUCAAGAAGCUAGCAGAGGCAGGUUUCGUCAGAACAGGAGUGGCAGUUGCUGGUUUCCGGGGAAGAAAACAGUGUAAAGUCGAUUACAGCAAGGUUUGCGAUCUUGUUGCCAAUAUGCCCGAGUCGAUUCGUGCCAUGGAAGCAAGAGAAAAUGAUGAGAAAUCUGCCGCCGUUGCAAGCGAGCCAGUUCGUAGACGAAGUACAGUCCCUUCCCAGAGUGCCACUUCAAAGCAGGAGUGGGAUACUUUGAGCAAGAUAAAGAACAGCCAAUUCACGAUCAAUGGCAAGCGGAACUACGGGCAGUACAACAGCGGUCUGGCAGGAGAGAGUACCAAUGCUGCUAAUGCUCCUGCUGCUGCUGUUGCUCGGAAACCACAAGCACAAGCAUAUUCCAUGGGAACCAACGGCGUAUUUGAUCCAGUAACCAUUCAGGGCUUCUCCACGACUCCUGGAUCCAAAUCCUGUGAAGUUGCCAAGACACAAAGUGAGAUGGGUUUAAACAUGCCGCCAACAUCAAAGCGGAUGUGUAUCACCAAUAACAGCAAGGAAAAUCCUAUUGAGAUCCAAGACGAUUCACCAUUAUGUCAACCACAGUUAGAGAGUGAUCGAAUUCAGCUAGCCAGAGCUUCAAUAGCGAGUCUAGAAAAGAUGAUUUUGAAAUGUGUCGAAAUAACGAACUAUUGUCAGAAGAAUGCAAUUGAAUAUGAGGCGUGGCGCAAGGAGGCAGCGGAGAUGGCAGCGAAGUACAAGAAGAAAACCAUGGAGAAGUUGGACGAGAUCCUCAGAAUCCAGAGCUUAAACCCAGAGUUCAAAGACUAUAAGCCAUUCCGAUAG